AUGGAUUUAUUCUAAAACUACUAAAAUUUAUGCAAAACAAUUGUACGUCCAUAAAGGCAAUAAUAUAACAUUACAGAUUUAGGUGAACCAGUAUUUUUAUUAAAAAAAAGUAAACAAAAAAUAAAAAGACACGACUUUGACAUAAAAAAUAAAAAAAAUCAAACCUUAAAAUGCAGUUUUUAUAUGUUUAAUGAUUCACAAAUUGCAUUUCCAUGCGUAAUAUAUUUACAUUGUAAUAGCGGUAGUCGUUUAGAAGGCCAAAUGUAUGUAGAAUAACUAUUAGAAAAGGGCAUGUAGGUAUUUUUAUUUGAUUUUUCAGGUAGUGGAUAAUCAGACGGUGAAUAUAUUACAUUAGGAAUUAAUGAAUUGUAGGACAUUAUAUGCGUAAUUAAUCAUUUAAAAGAUAAUUUUAAAGUAUCUUCUAUAGGAUUAUGGGGGCGUUCUAUGGGAGCCGUAACAGCAUUAAUGUACACAGCAGAAUUCAAUAAAAAUAUUCAAUGCAUAAUCCUUGAUUCACCUUUUUGCAAUUUCAUGAAAUUAGCGGCACAAUUAGGAAAGGCAAAAACUGGACUUCCGAAAUUUGUCCUAAAAGGAAUUUUAGCUUUUUUAAAAAACACUAUUUAAUAAAAAUAUGGAUUAAAUAUUGAAGAUUUAGAUAUUAUUAAAUAUAGCAAAUAAUGUGAAGUUCAGGGUCUUUUUUUGGCAAGUACUAAGGAUACUUUUGUAAAUGCCAAACAUGCGGAAAAACUAAAUAAUAUAUAUAAAGGAAUUAGUAAAAUUUAUUAUUUUGAAUGCGAUCAUCACGAGUAAAGGCCUUAAAAUGCCAUUUAGGAAUGUAUAAAUUUCUUAAAUGAAAAUUUGGUAGUUAAAUAAUAGAAAUAAAAUACUAAGUAUAAAUUAAGGGAAGAAAUAAAGAGUAAAUAGACGAGUGAAAUAUCUUUGGAUGUUAAAUAAAAGCUAGAAAUUAAUAAAUAAUAUUAGAAUCAUAGUUCAAGCAAAAUUUAAUUAUAGCAAAAUUAAAAUAGUUGUUAAUAAUUUUAAAAUUAAUUUUAAUAAUAGUAAAUAAUUUAAUAAUAAUAAGACAAUAAACAAGAUACAUUUUUCUAACCUUAAUAAUAAUUUUACCAAUAAUAAUCUUAGUUUUAUUAGCCAUAUUUAUCUUCAUAAUCACCCUAAUUAAUUUAAUAACUAUAAAAAUAAGAUUCAAAAAAUUAAAUUUAAUAAUUAUAAAGUCCAUAAUAAUAAAACUAAUCAUAAUAAAAUUAGUAAUAAUAAAAUUAAUAGUAACAAAAUUAAUUAUAAUUAAAUUAAAAUUAAUAGAAUUAAAAUAAAUAUUAAUAUUACUAAAAUUUAUAAUCUUGGAAAUUAAAUUACAAUAUACAAACUGAUAUUGAUAAUAACAAGGUGAACAGGGCUUAAACUAUUUAUUGUCAAAAUAUUAAUUUAAGUUAAAAAUAACAUAAAAUAAGUAAACCUAAUAAUAAUGAAAACAUAACUGAUGAUUAAAAUUAGAAUUCUUUUUUAUGUAUAAAGGCUGAAAAUUUAUAAUUUAAUUAAAAAUAAUAAUAAUAUUAAUUCUGCUACUUAAAUGUAUUAAUAAGAUAAGUUUAUAGAAUAAUAAAAAAAUUUAAAAAGCGAUUUUAAAAUUUAUUUUAAAAAUGCAUUUGCAAAUAACAAUAAUAUAAAUAAAAUAAGCUAAGAAAAAAAUAAAAAUAAUAAUUCUUUAGGAUAAAAUAAAAAUAGAUCAGCAACUAAUCCGAUUUUAAUUAAUUAAUAUGA